AAACCGUCGACGACCUUCUUCUUUGGUCGUUCCUCUUGCUCCGUCCACUCGCCUCCGUUUCCAUGGCCACUUCCCCCUUGCAGUCUCCCCGAUUCCUCGGCGGGAAGAUCGCCGGUCGCGAAGCCGCCGCGUUCCCUUCGGAUGCCUUACGGCCGGCCGUCACGCUUUCUGCCGCCCCGCCGCGCUUCCGGAGCAUCUCCGCUUCCUGCGCGUCCUCCACUGAGCGACUGCCGCCGCGCCUAGCGCCGGCCUCCUUCUCUUCGGUGUCUCACUACGACGUCCUGGGCGUCCCUUUCGGUGCCUCAGGCGAGGAGAUCAAGGCGGCCUACCGGAAACUCGCCAGGUCCCUCCACCCCGACGUCGCGGCCGUCGGUCAGAAGGGCGCCUGCGCCGAUGAGUUCAUCCGGAUCCACUCCGCUUACUCUACUUUGUCCGACCCGGAGAAGCGGGCCGGGUACGACGGCGAGCUUCUCCGCGUCCGGCUCCGCAAGUCAGCCUCGUUCUCCGGUCACUCCCGCCGAACCUGGGAAACAGAUCAGUGCUGGUGAUCAUUUGUAUCACGCCGAUUUUCAAUCGCUUAACGAUUUGAAUCAUUUGAUCCCGUCGCCACGAUCUCUCUGGGUUUAAGUCUCGUAAAAGACGACGGAACCCUCCCUUUUCCGUCUAUGAUCGACGAAAAGGUCUCCUUCAGCGAGCUCCUUGAAGUAAUUCAAGAAAUCGGGAGGACUUGGGAAGGUAAAGAGGUGGACCGCGUGGUUUUCGUAGCUUCGCUCCCGGUUCUUCCAAUUUGUCACCGGAGAAGUGAUCCCCUGUAGGUUACUAGCUGCCGUCUUUCCAUUUCUGUUUUCCUAUUCCACCUUAUGAAAGGAAGACGAUUGUGUAGUUCUAAAUAUGCGUUUAAUACACCAAUACACUAGCUUCUAUUGCAAGUUUUGGCAA